AUGGUACAAUCGAAUCCGCUGGUGAAGACAGUUGCAAGAGAACGUACGGAUGUUGAAAUGGAUGAAAAGAUGGCCCUAUCUGGUGGUAUAUUUGACGAUAUCCCAAUGUGGGAGAUAAGCCCAGGGUCAGGACAAUGUCAUGUUGGGAAAGGAAGAAGCAAAGAGGACAAAGAGCUUUGUGGGAUUACUUGAGAUUUUCUUGAUCGUGGCCCAAUGCAUAUUCAUCAUGAUUUCUUCGAUAUGCAACGUUUUAGAAGUGUCGGUUUACCUGUCGUGACGUCUUCGAUACAUGAUGCAUAA